AUGCGUUUUGGAAGAUCAGCCACCAACGUCGAUGACAGGAUGCGGAGCUGCUCUGUACCGAAUACACGACGUAGCGAUUCGCGAGCCGAGCCAAGCUGCAGUCGGGACAAGCGUUCUCAUAUCCGUGCACCUCCGGAGGCAGACGCACUGGCGCGGUGGAACCAACCGGCACGGAUCCUUAGCCAUCGCCCUGAACGAGGCGCUGCACGAGGAAACGAAAACCUUGAUCGACUGGGAUGGGUAGCGACAGCUGGCCUGUGUCUUCAGUCAAAAGGUGAGGAAAGAAUUCCUCUUUCCACGGCGACUUCAAGAGUUGCCAGUCCUGCCCGAGUCAGGACAGGCUCUGACUUCAACGCAGGGGCGCAACGGUCGCAACUGCGCGCCAGGACGCCCUCAAGGAAGGAUUCGUGCGUGACACAGCAGCUCGCAGAAUUGUGGAUCGCCAGGACUCUGCCACCGGCUUUAAAGAGAGAAAUCGCCGCGGAAAUUGUUCAGAUGCUCCGUGCUGCCAGCGGUGAAGAUGCGGUGGCUGGGGUUUUGUCUCCCACCUGCCAGCUGAACGAUGCUGGCGAAAAGCGCACUCGCAGUUCCAGCGAGAGCAGCUCGUGCUGCAGCUCCCAGACCGAAACGGCGCCCCAGGAGCGCCGCCACAACGCGGUGCACAAGUCUGCGGACGACUACAACAGCUCCGUAUCUGCCUCGACGGAGUGGAGUUCGGACAGCGCUUCGGAAGCCAUGUCAGAGGACGAAGGCAACGCUCCUACGGAGUUUACCAAGGAAGAGUCCGAAGAAUGCGUCACUAUUUGGGCUAACAGUCCUAGCGAAAAUCAAUCAGAAGCUGAAUCCCAGAACAAACGAGAGGUGCCCCCCGCCGCAAACCGAGCAGAGCGCGUUCUGGAGAGUCUCGAAAGCUUGUGCAGUAUUUUAGGGGAAGUUGAUCCUGUUGCUCGAAAGGAGAAGCUAGAUAAAGUGCAUGCGAAACUUGUCGGACGAGACAAUGACCCAGCUGCAGUAACCGAGACCGUGGCAUCCCCUAUUCGAUGGGACCUUUCUGUUGGCGAAAAAGUGAACAAGGGCGAUCCCGAGCUCCAAGAGAAUUCCCGCACAGCCACAACGGCUGCUUCUCAGGUGAUGCCACGCGCCGGCAGGGCUGUAGUGGGAGCGAACGCUAUACCGGAGGCCGGCAUGACGCCUCGUAGCAAGCUUUCCAAACUAAAGGCGGACCUGAGACAACACUUAGAUUCGCUGCUCUCUCAAGUCCGGUUAGACAGUCCUGUGCAGCAUGCCCUAAGGGCUGGGCUGUGUGAAGAUGAUACGCCAGUGGGGCUGCCACUGCCAGUGGCGAGGGAAGCAUGCGUGGGUCAUGGUUUCGCUGCGAGGGAGGCAGAGCGCUCUGGUGGACGUGAGGCUGCUGCAGCAGAUGCAAAAUGCCCCGCUGUUCACGGAAUUCAUGGAGACUGCGCGCCAGCUUUUAGUCCUCUCCAGGACCGGAUGCGAUAUCACGAGGAUCUCGAGCCUUUGCCGCCGUGCCGAUACCCGCUCGAAACCAUCAUGGAAGAUGAAGAAGUCUCUGUCCAUAGUCCUGCUUUGUAG